AUGAAUGGAAAUAUUUUAUUGAUGUUCCUUGAACAAGAAGAAAAAGAUGCACGCCUGUUUAAACUCAUCAAUGACUAUUUGAUUCUCCAACUGAGACGUAAUUACCAAGACCUUGAUAGCGAAGAGGAUGAGGUAGACGAGUCUGAAGAUGUGUCAGAAGACGAGAUUGAAGAAGAAACCGAAUACGAAACCGAAUACGAGACCGAAGACAACGAUAUUCUGUCUUAUGCUGUAUCUGUUAAAAGCUUUAAAGAUCCUUGGUCAGCAAAGGAAAAAGAACUUUGUCCAGGAAUAAAAGGUAGCAAGAAAGAUGUAGAGCACGACAGAGAGGAUAUAUUGAACGUUGGUGUGGGUUGCGAUAAAGGAGUACAGAGAGAAAAGGGGAUCAGGGUAGUGCAAGAAAGGUCAGAAAUGGAGACUAUUUUAGAAAGAACGAUAUAUUUGAUUUCUAUAUUGGAAAUGACGCUUUCUGAUGGAAAUCCUGUGGCAAAGAGAAAAGAGAAUUAG